AUGAAAUUUUCAUACAUAUUUCCAUGCCUUUUUGGCAUAGCAAAUUCCCUUGUCAUCUCUCAAAAUACAAUAGAGACAGCCUCAAUCAAUGAGCCUGUCACUGUCAACAAAGAUGUCUUCUAUUCCGUCUUGAAUGUGGGAUACAUACAGCCUCUGAGCGCAAUAAUUAAAGGUGACUGGUACAUUACAAGCGAAAAUGCCAACACGAAUUUUUGGAUUGACUCUGGUGAAUUUUUCAAUGAUGGAAAUAUAUUCUUCGAUUCAUCCACAGGUGAUCAAAUGAGUUUCAACUCAGAUCCGCUAGAAUUCGUGAAUACUGGACGAAUAAUCAUAAAAGUUGGCUCCGUGAUGGACUAUAAUGUUUUAACUCUCAGUGCACAAGACCGGUGGUCCAACACCGGCUCUGUGACUCUUUACAAUCGCGUUUCCAUGUACGUGUAUGAUUUCGAGAUUCAAUGCCCAGAUUUCACUAAUGAAGGCUCAAUUUGUAUUAACAAUGGUUAUUGGGUCCCUCAGUCGCCUGUGAUUGGCUCCGGCUGCGUAAAUGUAGGCCAAGGCGCUGCCUUUGUGGUUGACAGAGACAAUAACGGAAAUUUGGUCAGUCACGAUCCAAGCCAAACAAUCUUCUUAUCGGAUCAUACAUCUGUGCUAAACAUAGGCGAUUCUAAUGGAAAUAGCGAGGUAUUGCUCAAGAGAGACUCAGUUCCAUUAAUCAAGGUGAGAGGGUUUGGAAAUGGAAACAGUAUCUUUAUUGGCAGAACAAUCAAUUCAUACGGCUAUCCUCCCGGUCGAGGAAUUUUGAACGUCGAGUACACUACAUCUUCUGGGGUGGGCAUGUCAAUUGAUCUCGAUAUUGGCGUUGGCUACGAUUUCAAUAAUUUCCUGUUCAACCUAAACAAGCUUACAUAUCUAAGCGAUCCUUCUGAGGAUGUUCCAUCUAUGUGCUAUUGUGACACAUAUAUGCCUGAAGCUCCCAGAGUAUUGCCAAGUUCUUCAAGUUCUUCAAGUUAUUCGAGUUCUUCAAGUUCUUCAAGUUCUUCAAGUUCUACAAGUUCCUCAAGUUCUUCAAGUUCUUCAAGUUCUUCAAGUUCUACAAGUUCCUCAAGUUCUUCAAGUUCUUCAACUUCGUCUAGCUCGUCCAGCCCGUCCAGCUCUUACAACCCUCCAAGUUCUUCAAGUUUCUCGAAUACCACAAGUUCCAUAAACCACACAAGCUCUUCCAGAGUACUGACAUCUACCAAUGUUUCAGGUUCUUCAUAUCUGUCUUCGAAUUCUCUGUCAUCGAGCUCAUUGAUUAUCAGAACUUCAUCGCCAAGCACCUCUAGCGCUUCGAGCAUUUCGAGCAGUCUGAUGUCUUUGGCUUCACUUCAGGUUUCGAGCUUGAGCUUCUCUCUGAAUUCUUCUUCUCCAGUUGCAUCGAGCUCUUCAAUCCCACCAAGGUCACCAAUUUCGUCCAUGUCUUCCAUUGUGUCUAGCUCUUCGAUUGCAUCAAGCUCCUCCAGUGUCUCUAAAUUCUCUUUGAGCUCAAUUUAUAUUGCAUCUGUUUCCUCAACUUCUUCCUCUGCAUUCUCUUCCAUUACUUCGAGUGCAUCUCUGAACUCAAGCCCUUUCCGCUCUAUUGCUUCGAGUUCAUCAAUAACUUCAAACCAUUUCAUUGCAUCAAGCACUCCGAUAUCUUCAGGAGUUUCUUGUACCAUAAGCACCUCAUUUAGAUCCAAUUCUUCCAUAGCUGGGAGCUCUUCUAAGAGCAUCAGCUCUAUUGAGGUGUCAAACACUCCCCAAGUCAGCAGCUCCACCACUAGCUCAAGCUACUUUUCAAGAUCGAGUAGCUCUAGAGCCUCGGCCCCUUCUGCACCAGCUGUUACAUUUUCUCUGACAACAAGGGCAACAAGCUCCCUGGGUAGAGUUUCUUCCUUUACUUCUCAGACUUCACGGCCAAUUUCAUCGACUAGUCUUGGCCAAACAUUGUCAGUUGUAUCUUCAGAAAUGUCUUAUUCAUAUGACCUAGACGCUACAGCCAGAUCCAGAACUCGUUCGCAUGCUAGCAAUUCUGACUCAUUGAGUGCUCAAAGCUCAAAUUCGAAAGCCAUUCUUCCUUCCAAUGAUCCAUCAACGUCAAAAAUGUUGAAAUCUUCGACUGAAAUACUGAGAUCCAGUACAAGAACCCCGUCAACAACCUCCAGUACUGUCAAUGCUUUUACUAGCACAAGAGGUUCAUAUAGCUCUUCCAAAGAGCCCGGUGUCUCUACCUCCAUUUCAGUUUUCUCAUCCAGCAUCCCUCUUUCUUCUUCUACUCUUGGUUCGUCCAAGGGUUCAAGCUCCUUCUCCCUGGUGUCGAGCUUUUCGGGUGUUUCAAGCUCUUUGAGAAGUUCGAGAUCUUCUCGAAGCACCUAUCUUUCUACUUCUUCUCUGCAAACUGGUUCUUCUUCAGGAAUUAUUUCUACAAUUACUUCGAAUUUAGCUUCUAGCUAUGGACUAUCAUCUCAUUUCGAAUCAUCUUCCAUUUCCAGAGCGUCGUCCAUUUCCAGAGCUUCUUCCAUUUCCAGAGCGUCUUCCAUUUCGAGCAAGUCUUCCAUUUCGAGCACGUCUUCCAUCUCGAGCACGUCUUCUAUUUCGAGCAAGUCUUCCAUUUCCGGAGAAUCUUCAAAUUCCGGAGACUCUUCCCGCACUAGCGUUUCUCCUGCUUCGACUUCGCCAACUGGCAGUAGCUCACUCUCUGGCUCGACCUCUUCUUUUGCUUCAGAAUUGUCAGACUCUUCGAGGACCUUAAAUGGUAAUAGUAGAUCAAGAAUUCUAAAAUCAGACACCUCAAUUGCUGGAAGCACAUCCCAAUUAAAUGUCGCUUCCUCUCACUCAUCCUCUUCUUCGUCGCCUCUUCUGCCAAAUUUCACUGGCUCUGCAACACAAACUUCGAACUUGCCUCCGAUCAGAAGUACAAUCACCUCAAGUGCCACAUCAUCAUCUUCAAAGGGCCGGAGUACCUCAUCAACCUCUGAACAUCUGUUUGGAUAUUGGAACAACUCGACAACAUUUUCCGCCCUCAACCAAGAGCAAGCAACUGACUCUACAGUGAAUUCCUUUGUUUUUGCUUCUGGCGAAAGCACAAGUUCGUUCUCCAUCAGCAAAUCCACUAAAUCUGCAUCUGAAUUCGUCCCAGUGGCUGAGAUUACCGCGACAUCAACUGGUUUAUCCUCCAAGGUUGUAACUAUCACUUCUUGUGAAAACAAUGUCUGUUUUGAAACGGAUUCUACUAUUUCUGGUUCUACUGCUGAUUUGACUCCAGCCUCUACAAUACUCAGAAGCACUUCCAAAUUGAUUCCUUCCGCGCAGCCAACGGUGGCCGGUUCGUUCAGUAGUGACACAUCGAUUGUUACUAUUACUUCUUGUAGUGAAUCAUUGUGCACUACUGUCAUUUCCACUGUGACUAAUUACCCUAAGCCAAGUACAAAUGUUUAUGCAAAGUCCUCGAUCUCCUUUGCUAUUGGUGCUCAAAGUAGUCAAGCGACGCCAAAGUCUGGGGAAGACACAACCGAAGCUCCAUACCUGACAUCAAGACCUGGUCAACAAAUCGUAUCAAAUAGUAACAGUAUUGCAUUUGUUGCAACAUCUACUACUUUGAAUGCCGAACCUAGAACAAGCACAACAACUGCACCAACUGUUACUGUUGUAAGUUCAGGUUCUCACACAAAAGCCCACUUCGUUUUUGCAAUUAUUUCAUUACUUUUCAUAUUCUAG